AUGGAACCCCCCUGCUCUCCACAGGUGGUGGUGGUGGAGGACGGAGGAGAGGAGGAGGAGGAGGAGCUGAGCGGAGGGGAGGAGUCGGAGCUGCGCUCCAGCAGUGGGCGUGGCUCCCUGCUGACCCGGAGAGGGAUCACACUGAGGGUGCUGCUGAAGGACGGGCUGGUGGAGCCGGGGGACGGGGCGCUCACCAUACACUACCUGGGGAAGAAGUUUGUGGGCGACCUUCUGACGGACGGCAAGAUCCGCUGGGUGGAGACGGGGCAGAUCUUCAACUCGCCCAGCGCCUGGGCCACGCACUGCAAGCGUCUGGUCAACCCGGCCAAGAAGUCGGGCUGCGGCUGGGCCUCGGUGCGCUACCGCGGCCAGAAGCUGGUCCAGUACAAGACCAGCUGGCUGCACAAGUACCAGCCCAGCGCCGACAUGAGCCUGGUGAGUGAGGAGGAGGACGAGGACGAGGAGGAGGAAGGGAAGACGGCCGCGCCGGCGGAGGAGAAGAACAAGAACGCCAAGCCAGGAUUACACGACAUCAUGGUGGCCCGCCGGACGGACCGCGAGAGGAUCCCCGUGAGGUACGGGAACCUGGGCGCCCGCGACCCCAGCAGGGACCCCCACACGCUGGUGGAGCUGUCGGCCUUCUCCGCCAUCAACCGCUUCCAACCCUUCAACGUGGCCGUGUCCAGCAACGUGCUGCUGCUGAUGGACUUCCACUGUCACCUGACCACCAGCGAGGUGGUGGGCUACCUUGGGGGCCGAUGGGACACGACCACACAACUGCUGACGGUGUUGCGGGCGUUCCCGUGUCGGACCAGACUGGCGGACAAAGAGUCGGCCUCCGCCGUGGAGGAGGAGAUCUGUCAGAACCUGUUCAUGCGCGGCCUGUCAUUGGUCGGCUGGUACCACAGUCACCCGCGCGGCCCCGCCCUCCCGUCGCUGCAGGACAUCGACUCCCAGAUGGACCACCAGCUGAGGCUGCAGGGCUCCAACAACGGCUUCCAGCCCUGCCUGGGCAUCAUCUGCGGUCCGUAUUACCACGGAAACCAGGGCGUGGCGUCCACAAUAACCCCGUUCUGGGUGGUGCCUCCACCUGAGUCGUUUUCCUCAAAGCAACGACCCAACGACUACGGCAUCCCCGUGGCGGUGGAGGUCACGUACGUCCAGGACAACUUCCUGACCAGCGACGUCCUCAACGAGAUGAUGCUGUUGGUGGACUACUACAGGACCGCCCCGGACAUCGUGCAGUUCAGCCAGUACUGGUGCCCUGACACCACCAUGAUGGAUAAGAUCAAGGGCUCCCUGAGUGGCCACGCCCCUAAAGACCAGGCCUACUCCCAGAUCCUCGAGCAUGUUUACAGUCAGCUGAGUAUCACGCAGUGAGGGACCAACGCUGUGUGUGUGUGUGUGUGUUUAUUUGGGUGUAUAUGUGUGUGUCAGUGUGUGUAUGCUUGCGUGCCUGUGUGUAUAUGUAUGUAUGUAUGUAUGUAUGCAUGUAUGUGUGUGUGUUUAUAUAAGUGUGAAUAUGUGUGUGCGUGUGUGUGUAUGUAUAUGUAUGUAUGUGAUCAUGUGUGUGUAUGCGUGCACGGAUGCUCUGCGUCACCUUUCCGAGGCGUCCAGUGCUCUGAACAGCCCCAGCGUACGAUGUGAACACUGUUAGACCCACAAUGCCUCCACUCGCGUUAGCAAUACGUUUCUUUGGUAGGACAGUGUCAGUGACUAGAGCGGCAUCCUGUCGGUUGAGUCAACGUGUAAAGCUGUGGCCUCCAAGUGGUCCCCUGAUGGCUUCCUCUGCUUCCGUUUGAAACAAAUCAGACUCAAUGACUAGAAUUAAUCCAUUGUUAAUGCCGGGAGCACAUUGAACAGGAUGCCGUUUCCAAAUUCAGGAGACCAGGUGACCUCAUCAGUGGUAUCAGGCCGUACAUACUUCAUGUUAUUGGAUCAGAACAUAAAGUGGUAGUUACACGUCUCGGCACAUCUUGGAACCAAAGUUUUUUUUUAAGGAUGCUCACAUUGCGAGUGACGACGUCUCUCUCUGGGCUCGUGGACCUAUUAUACAUUUUGGUGAAAACGUGAUGGUAUAGGCACAUGGUGCCAGAGUUGUAUUGUUGAUAUUGAAUGUGUAGGAAUGACCCUGAUGGACCUCCUAGCAUCACAUAAAUGAUUCGCCAUAGCAUUGGCUUUACUCUUCCUUCUUUAGAUCAGUUCAGACGUUCUUGUUAGGCCAGUUUCCGUUCAACUCCAUCAGUGUCAAAACGUUCAGCGUGCAAAAUGUUAAUGUUUCUGAAGGCAGCAGUUGUAUUAGUCAGCUCACUAGUGGUCAAUGGACCAAAGGAUGGAUGUGGGCCAUGUGUGUGUACGUGUUCAAACAUGACAAACUGUUUCAACUCUAUUGGUUGAAAAAGCAAGUCUUUUUUUAUUUAACCUGUACUGUAUUUAUAAAAAUCUGUGGAUUGGGCGAUGCAGAAAUAUGGAGAAAGCAAUGCCUUAUAAAACCUGCUGAUGACCUAAAUAAACAUUAAAUUCAGACACUGGAA